CUCCUAGCAACGGAACGGACACACUCCGCCAGAGCCGCCCAGCUGCGCCCCAGCCACACUUUCGGCUAGUCGCAGCUUCGUCCUCCCCCCAGCGCCGUCGCCCGUCAAGCCUCCGCCGGCCGAACACCAUGAAGAGUGAGCCCCUCAUCGUCGCCAUCCUGCUGCUCAGCUGCGGCACAGCCAGCGCUCAAGCCGAACCAAAGAUCUGCUACGUGCUGGACGCGAUUCUCUUCGUGUACGGAAUCGUCCUCACAAUCCUCUACUGCAGGCUAAAGAUAUCAGGUUCAUCGCAGAGUAGCGGAGAAGACAAGAAAAAACCAGAGGAAGGCCUUUAUGCUGGAUUAUCCCCCCAUGCCCAAGACACCUACGAGACCAUCAACAAACACAAAAAGUGACAGGUGUGACGAGGAGAGCGGAGCAGUGCGAUUCUGCUGCACUCCUCUGCAAGCCGCGAAACCUCAUUUUAAGCCAUGUAAUAGUUAGGCAGCAGUGCAGUGACGCAUUUUAACGUUUAAAGCUACUGCACUUUGAGGACAAUGAUAAUAAGCUUCAUCUGGUGCAGAGUAUGCUGAUUGUAAUUUUGUUCUUAAUUUAUCUUUUAUUUUUUCUGUUAUUGUUGCCAAUAUCCUGUGUGCACAAUAUGAUAAGUAAAAUACAGAAACUAAAAAUAUGGAUGUGGGAAUCUUCCAACUGCUUGUCCAGGUCAAUGUCAUCGCAUAAUUGUGUAUAUGUAAAGAAAAUGGAAACUGGAUUAAGUUUCAAUUUUAAUCUUCAGUUGUUUUCCCUUUGAGUAGUUGCAGCAUAUUGUAAAAAUGUGUUGAAAAUGUAUAUUUUCUGGAUUUUGUGUGCGAAAAACAUAUUAAGUGUAUUUUCCAUAAAAUUACAAAAUUAACUAAAUUAAUUCCAAGGGCUAUUAAAUGCAGCCAUUUUUGAUACUUCACUAAUACUUAAAUUUAUCUUGCUUUGAACUGUUAUCAAGUGAGUAUGAUUACAACAGACUUUUUGUACAGGGGGUUUUGUGAAUCGUGUGAAUAUGGCCGUGCAAUGUAGGGAUCUGAGCUUAUUAGAUGUCAGUUAAUGAUUUAAGGCCACAUUUUUUCUCUGGGUAUAGUGGAUCUUCUGCAUUUAACGCUAAAUGCCCCCCAGAAUUUUGACACAUAAGUGUAAACACAGUGUAAAGCGUGUACAUUUGCCCAACUUACUGAUCUAUGUGGCCUAGUAUACUGAUAUCACAAGAAAAUAGGCCACCACAAAUAUACAAGGUCUCGUUUGAGUUCGA